UGGUGGUGUGGUGCUGCGUGCAGCCGAUCAAGCCCCUUUGCGAGCGCGUGUUCAGUUUUGGGACUAAAUUCUAUUUCCCAUGAUUAAUGGCAUAUACCCUGCACCUGAACAGUUUCAUUCCACUGUAUUUGUUCAAAUUUAAUUAUGUUACAUUAGGUAAAUAUAUGGUGACAGAAUAGUGUACAUGUUUUGACGUUUCGAACCCACACAGAACUCAUUUUCAAAACGUCGAGUACCGAUACGAGUCGACUGAAGGGGUUAAAAAUUGCAGUUUUUAACGUGUGCUUAUUAAAUAUAUAACGAAUAGCUGGUUUCCCUUCAGUUCUGAAAGUCAAUGAUAAUUCUUAAUAAUAAAAGGUCGAAUAUUCAGUUUGCGAGAUAAAUAAAUUGCUGCGUUAUCUUUAAUGCAUGUUAGGAGUAGGAUAACAGUCCUUGGCCGUUUUAACAAAGAUGUAGGAAACACUACAUUAUGGAACACUCAUUAUUUUUAUGUAGAGCUUUAAUGAGAAUGGGUCACUUAUUCUGAGGCAGCAGUAUACCGGAAAAGAGUGAUAAGUAUUAUCAGUUUUCUUCGGAAAAUCGAACAUUCAGAAGUUUCAUAUUAUAAACAUGAUUUCUAUUGGUAAACGUGUAAUCAUGAACGGCUCAAAGAACGUUUUGAGCUCAGAUUAAUUUGCAGAUGGGCCGAAUUUAGUUUCCGACUAAAUCUCAACAUAUUUCUUACUCAUCCGUUUGCAGUCCUGUGUAUUUUUCUGCGUGAAAAGUACUCUUCGUAAAUAGUACCCACUCACAAAAAUUAAUUUCCUGCAGCAUCACGGACAUAGGCCUAAUGGAAGGUGUUCACGUACUGAGCCCUGAGGAACAGUAUAAAUGGCUGAAGGCAAAGGAGGAGGUGUGCUCAAGUGGGAUCUCAAGCAGUUCUUCCACGCCCACAGGUUACGGCCUGCUGUGUCCACAAGUGUGGGACGGGAUCAUGUGCUGGCCCCCCACUCCAGCGGGGAAGAACCAUGAGCAGCCCUGCGCCGAGUACUUCGCCGGCUUCGAUCACCAGGCGAACGCUUCCAAGCUGUGUCUUCCCAGCGGGCAGUGGUUCAGGGACGCCAGCAACACAACCUGGACAAACUACAGCCGCUGCUUCUCCGAUCCGACCAUCACUGUGCCCGUCAACUUCAGCGAGGUCGACAACAACCCCCUCAUUUCGGAAUACUUCCCGGCGCUGAAAACCAUCGCCCAGGUGGGGUACACAGUGUCACUGUCUACACUGGUCAUAGCUUGCUGCAUUCUGGCUACCAUAAAGAAACUGCGCUGUCCCCGCAACAUGCUGCACCUCCACCUCUUCGUAUCCUUCAUAAUGCGUGCCUUCAUGGCGCUCCUGAAGGACAUCCUGUUCGUUGGCGGAGUCGGUUUGCGUAUGGACGUCGUAGAGAAGAACGGCUCGUCCUAUUUCUAUGAUCAGAGCAGCUGGCUGUGCAAGACUGUGACCAGUAUUUGGCAGUAUUGCAUCAUGGCCAACUACUCCUGGAUUCUGAUGGAGGGCCUCUACUUACACAAUCUCAUCUUCCUAGCCCUCUUCUCCGACACCAGCGCCAUCACUCUUUAUGUGGUACUCGGUUGGGGGCUGCCGGCUCUCUUCGUGCUUCCUUGGGCUGCUGUACGUUCCCUUCUUGAGAACACACUGUGUUGGACUACAAACUCUAGUGAGCUGCUUUUUCUGCUCAUCCGCGGGCCAACAACCUUCUCCAUUCUUUUGAACUUCAUACUGUUUGUGAACAUUGUCCGUGUGCUACUCCUCAAGCUCAGAGCAUCAGUUUGUGAUGAAACUAGGACAUAUAGGCGGUGGGCAAAGUCUACACUAGUACUGGUCCCACUUUUUGGGGUUCAUUACACAGUGUUCCUGGGGAUGAGCUACAGUAUAGGUGUUCAUCCAGGUGUCGAGAUAGCCUGGCUCUUCUGUGACCAGCUGUUUGCUUCCUUUCAGGGUUUCUUUGUAGCUGUCCUCUACUGUUUCCUGAAUGGAGAGGUUCAAGGAGAGCUGAAGCGUCAGUGGCUGCAUUCUGGCAGCCUUCGUAGGUUCUUCUGCAGUCCACUGCGUCCUGGACACUGCUACUCCAGCACUGACUGCUCAUCUUUGAGUAUGGGCCCUGCAAAUUUCAGUGGCAGGAAGUUGCGUCAGGGUGGCAAACGUCUCUCUACUUCCUUUGUGGGCCCCAGUACUGAAUCACAUUAUGCCAUUGCCCCCAAUGCAUCUGAAGCGACUGCUGCACUUGGGCUUAACAGCAAGUGGUGCCCAUUGGAGUGUAGCAUGCCAGGAUGCUAUAUCGAGAUGGGACAUGUCAACCCACAUUAAAAAUCAACAUAUACACUUGACAAAAUCCAAUAUCACAACUCAAAUGUGGCAAAGUGAAAUUGCUUCCCCUGCUGCAGUAUUUCAUAUUACACAUUUGGCUACAGCAUUGGUCACAAAAUAUUGAGUUAUGAUGUGUCCUGCAAUUGAUAAUCCUGCCAGCUAUGGAAUUCACACUCUUAUCAGCUUCCUUCAUGCUAAAACAUGAGUGCUGUGGAAAUCCAUCGUGAAUUAUGCAUGGUGGUUUAUGACCAGACUGUAAUGAGUGAAGGAAGACAAUGGUGUAGAAUGUUCUAAGAUAGGUGAACAUAUGUUCGUGAUGAAGAACGACGUGGUCAGUCCUCUGUACUGAGUGAUGAUCUUGUUCAAAAUGUGGACAAAAAGUUGUGAAAGACAGUGCUUUACAUUUUCAGAGCUUUUGUGUGAAUUCCCACAAAUUUCAUGCAAUGUUCUCUAUGAGCUUAUCACAGUUAGGCUAGGCUAUCACAAGUUUUGUGCAAGAUGGAUUCAGAAAAUGCUCACGGGUAUGCACAAAACGCAAGGAAUGGCUUUGACCCUUUUUAGAACAAUACUACAGAGAUGGUGGUGAAUUUCUCAGUCACACCAUACGAGUAAUAGGUGAUGAAAACCGAGUUCCAUUUUUGAAUGUUGAAACCAAAGCGACCUCAAAGCAGUGGAUGCACACGUAUUCACAGGACAAGCUGAAGAAGUUUAAACAAACCUCUGCCAGCCAGAAAGCUGAUGAUAACUGUUUUCUGGGACAGAAAAGAAGUGAUGAUACUGGAAUUCAUGCAACAAGAGACCACAAUAAUGUCAGAAGUGUAUUGCAAAGAAAAACAGCAUAAGGCCAUUCAAGCAUGGAAUUCUGGCACCCAGUGUAGUGCUCCUCCAUGAAAAUGUUGUGUCUGAAUACAGUUGCUCACACUGAAGCACUGCUGCAGCAUUUCAACUGUGAGUUGUUUGACCACCUUCCUCACAGCCCUGUUCCUGCUCUGAGGGACUACCACCUGUUUAUCUACCUGAAGAACUGGUUAUGAUCACAGCGCUUCAACAGUAAUGAGGAAUUUAUGGAAGGUGUCAAAACGUGGCUGAGCUCACAGGCAGAAGACUUCUUUAACACAGGCAUACAAAAACUUGUUCCCUGUUAUGACUAGUGCUUCAAUUCCGGCAGUGACUAUGUUGAGACAUAGCUUAAGUAUGUACUUUUUUCUUUGUAUAUCACAUUUUCUUUCUCGUUGCUUGUUUUGUUUACAGCUCACUGGAGGUUACAUUCUGAAUGGUCCUUAUAGUAUAAAUUCAAAGGUAAGAAUUUUGCAGUGGGAAAUCUAAGAAAUUUAAUAAAAUAUAUACUAUUUUCAUUGCUAUGAAAUAUUAAUGUGAAAGAUCUGGGUUCUAGGUGAGGAUGAAUUCUUUUGAAUACGUGUUGUUGAUGUAACAGCAACAGUGUACAUUCAGCAGUCCCCUCCACAUAGUAAUUAACUUUCCAUAAUUAAUGUUUUCCCUAUUUAAUUUAUGAUAUUCUGUGAGUGAAUAAAAUGUGCCUAUAUAAAUUUCCUUGAUUUAGGCUAUGUCAUAAUAUUAUUUAGGAUUAUACUCAACUGUAGAACUUAUGAUUUUAAUUGGAUUUAAAAUUUUUUAAUAGUUUUAAGUAACCAGGCAUUUCACUCAAGAUUCACAAUACAUAUCAUUCUAUUGUAAUUGAAAUUUCCUUUGUGGAUUCUUUACCCAGGUACCAUAAUUUAGUUCCCACAUUGUGUGUUCCUAUUGCUCAACUUUUAAUGAAGUACAAGUAUAAUUUUAGACUUUUUAGUUUUCACAGAUAUAUGGAUAAGCCUUUCCAAUGCGUCUUUGUUUAUAUUAUUCAUAUAUCAGUAUAUUUUCUUUUCCUUGCUAAUUCAAAUGGGCCGUGACAUGUAGACUAACACAGAUAUGCACUUUUUACAUACAUAUUACUUACCUGAAAAA